CUGGGUCUUUUGUGUCGUGGCUUCUCGUUGUGUGUGUGUUCUCGCGAUAUUACGGCGCUCUGUCUCAGAGUUACUCUCAGUGGGAUUUUAUUAACCGGAUCCGAGUCCUCUAAGAUAAGAUGGCCCUGUCCGGGUGGGGGGAUAGCCCUGCAGCUGUCCGAGGCCGGAGCCACCAUCUACAUCACCGGACGCCAGCAGAAGACUCUCCAACACACUGCUGCAGAGGUAUGCGAGAGAGGCGGGAACUGCGUGCCGGUGAUUUGCGACUCUACGAAAAACGACGACAUCGUGGAGCUUUUCGAGCGGAUCAAGCGUGAGCAGGACGGCCGGCUGGACCUGCUGGUCAACAACGCGUACGCGGGAGUCUACGAUAUCUUCGAGAACAUGGGUAAAAAGUUCUGGGAAAUAGAUCCGUCCAUCUGGGACUCCAUCAACAACGCGGGCCUCAGAGGUCACUACUUUUUCUCGGUCUACGGGUCCCGGUUGAUGGUGGCUCAAGGCCGGGGUUUAAUCGUGACCGUCUCGUCCAUGGGGGGGCUGCAGUAUCUCUUCAACGUGCCCUACGGGGUCGGUAAGGCUGCGUGCGACCGGCUGGCGGCGGACAUGGCCGUGGAGCUGAGGAGCCGGGGAGUGGCCUCCGUCAGCCUGUGGCCCGGGGCGGUGCAGACGGAGCUGGUGUCGCAGCUGGUCCUGGAGAAGGAGCAGCCGCAGGGCGUGGAGCAGAAGUUUAAGGAAGCUUUCUCGAACGGGGAAACCACCGAACUGAGCGGGAAGUGCAUCGUCAACCUGGCCAAAGAUACUAAUCUCAUGUCACUAAGUGGGAAGGUGCUCAUGACCUGUGACCUGGCGCGGCGCUAUGGGAUCAAAGAUAUUGACGGGCGCGAAGUGACUGAUUACACUUCCCUAAAGUUCCUCCUGACCCAGGUCCCGUACCUGUCCUGGCUGUCGGCCGUGGUCCCCUCUUUCAUUCGCCCGCCUCGCUUCCUGCUCUCCGUGGCAAACAGCCGCUUCUAGACAUCUGCAACUCGCCACGCUGUAGAUUUGUAACCCAAAGCUGCCAUUUCUGUGCUUUACGGUCAAAACCGUUACAGCUAACGGCUACAGACUGACCAAGAGUUUACACUCCAAAAUGAAGGCGGAUAUUUCCAGUGGCGGGUUAUUUACAUGCACAGAUUCAUUCCCUGUUGAACACUAAACGAUAGCAAACCUGUGAAGUUUGAAGUAUAAAAAGCUCUAAAUGAAGGAAGAGAAACGCCAACAUUGGCUGAAUGUGAAAAACUUGAUUGAAGAAUUUUAGAAAAAAAUAUUUUUUAUAAUGACACUAAGAAUAAUUUUUUUAAACGUAAAAGUGUGCAUUUUGUACUUCUUUUUUUUUUGCCUUUUCUUGCUCAUAACAAAGCUUGUUUCAAUAACUUUUUUGCCUAUACCAGCUGGGAUUUAUAUCUUCACUCAGCACUGAUAAUUCUAACAGACAGGCAAGCUACUGUCGGUUAAAUAAAGGAUUAUUAAUACCUCACUGACAAUUUGUGGUGUUUCAUUUUUUUUUUUUUCCAACUGAUUCAGCUGAAAGAAAGUGCCUGUUAUGGUGCCACAUUUAAUUCUAACAAUGGAAACGG